AUGGGUGACCUGGCUAUCCGCUGCAUCCCGGUUACCCUCCAAACGUUAACAAUGCUGCCUACCCUUAACUACAACCACCACCAGCAGACAAUCCCAGUUUUCUAUGUUGACAAGUUCUCAGUUAACAGUUUCAAAGUCUCCAAUGAUGUCGCUGUGACGGGCAUUUGGGAAGCCGACAUUACUGUUCAAAAUCCCAACCACAAACUGAAAAUUUUCUUUGAUCGGAUUGACAAUUACAUGUUUUACGAGGAUGAAGUAUUAACGUCAUCCUCGCUUGGGGGGCAUUUGUAUCUGGAUACAAAGGCACAAGACUCGUUUCAUGUGAGGCUAUCCAGGAAUACCACGCUUGAUGAAAACAUGCUGCCUAAGUCGACAGUGAACGCCAUGGAGCAGGAGUACGGGGACAACGGCUGGGUGAACUUUAGUUUUAGGAUGCUGGCUUGGACAACCCUCGAAUAUGGAUCAUGGUGGAGUCGUCUGAAAACGAUGGAAGUUCUUUGUGAUAAUCUGAAAGUUGGUUUUGUGGGUGCCACGGGCAAUAUUGGAAAAUCUCGUGCAGACCAGCCUUUGGGGUGCGCAGUUUAUGUGUGA